AUGGCGGCGUCGGGCUGGGAGCGGGCGCUGCGGCUCGUGCUGUGCGCGCUGGGGCUGGCGCUCUCCGUGUACGCGCUGCACGUGGAGAGCUCGCGGGAGCGGGACCCCGGGUACCGGGCCAUGUGCGACCUGAGCCCCUCCGUCAGCUGCUCCAAGGUCUUCACCUCCAGGUGGGGCCGUGGCUUUGGCUUGGUGGAAGAUCUCUUGGGGAAACACAGCAUCUUCAAUCAGCCCAACAGCUUAUUUGGCAUCGUCUUCUACAUCCUACAGACACUGCUGGGCUUCUCUCCCAGCACCCUGGCGGCCGUCACCCUGGUGGGCACCUCCGUGGUCUCCAUCGCCGGCUCGCUCUACCUGGCCUACAUCCUCUUCUUCGUGCUCCACGACUUCUGCCUGGUGUGUGUCACUACCUACCUGCUCAACGGCGCCCUCCUCCUCCUCAACUACAAGCGUCUGGUCUGCCUGAGCGGGAGUGGGCAGCGCCGCGCCAAGCCCAAAGGGCAGUGAGCGUGGCUGGGGGAGCCCCGGCCCAGCCCCCUCCUGGAACGUCAGUUGCGAUAACGAACCCUGUUUGUAUAGUAGCCAGGGGCCCAUCUAGCCCGGUACCCUGCUCCCUCCCUGCCAAACCAGAUCAGACCCUGGGUCCAUCACCCUUUAAACACAAACUGAGGCCAUUUCUGGCUUAACCAAAACGCUGGUAUAAGGUGGGUUAAAAUGGUUACGUGACACACAGCACGGGACUGUAUGAGACACAUACGGGAGAUCAGGUUUCAUCACCUCCAGCAGGGGGCAGAGCUGCUCUCACCCUACCUCGAUUCUUUCCAGCAGGGACCAGUUGCGUGUGUGAGGGAGAGUGAGAGACGUAUGACCCUACUGCCAUCAAUGGAGGCAGGGCUGGAUUCUGAUCUUGAUAAACUCAGUGUGAAUGGAGUCAACAAGAACACAGUCUAGCCCUACAUAUCCCUGGCUUGUACAUCCCCUGCUGCAAUGACAGCGGUACUUUAGUUAACUGACCAGCAGGGGGCACUGUGGACCAAAUCAAUAUGCCAAUGAAGAGACCAGUUGGAGCUGUCCGUUGGCAGCUGGUUGUGUACAAAAGCACAUUUUUAUAGCUGAAAUAAAGUCGCCCUCAGCAACAGGCA